UAGCAACAAUAAGACCAACACUAAUGAGACAAUUAUUGCUAUCUAAACGGUAUACGAUGUCAGGCAUCGGUAGGUCAGUCAACACCAGUGACCAACAUCGCCGAUGUUUGCAUUGGUUGGCCGACACUCUGGAUAUCGAUAAGUUUUGCAAUGAUUUCAUUGAACAUAGAGAUGGAUAUCGUAAACGAUUUGAUUUUGAUUUACUGAACACACGUUACGUAACUGAAGAAACCAUUUGUGCACUUCAACUGCGGACCAGUUGUUGUCCAUUAAAUGAGACUAAACUGUUUGCAAACAACCGAUCGCUGACACCACCCGACGACGAGUCAGUCAUCAAUAAAGAUGGCCAGAUUCGAGUACAGGUGCCGAAGCCUCAUAACUUUGGCGGCCAAUUAUGUUUGCCUAAUUCUCAGGAUAUCAAGUCAUUUGUUAAUAUGGUUGUCUUAAUGGUCAUAACUAAGUACGGCUUUUACAAACAAUUUGAUUAUCAAUUACGAAGAGUGACGGACUGGGAUAUCAAGAAUGAGAACAAAGACAAUGAAAACAACCAAUGGUUCAGUUAUAUCGGCACCCGAUUUAAGGUAUUACCCGAUAAGCGACUAUUUAUGGCAUUUCAUAUAACAAACAUCGACGGAGAUAUUGUUGAAGCUAUCGAUGAUAAAUCAGUGCAGAAGUUGGCGACCGUUCGCACAGAUUUCAAGCCAAUUGACUGUCCGAAGAAUAUCGAGAAACCGAUUAAACUGUUUCAGCAACACGUGUGUCAACUAAUGGCACAACUCGUAUGUUUGGCUGACAAUAACGUGUCGUAUAAUUUUGACAACGAUUCACUGUACGGACUGUUAGUACGCGACACAUACUUUCAUUUUUACGAGACUGAUAUUCACCACAAGUAUAUCGAAGACAUCAGAGAAGAGUACCAUAAAAAAGGCAUUGAAUUGCCGAUUGUUAAACACAUGACCGAUGGAGUAGCUCUUAACUAUGAUGACCAUAACGAUCGGCAAUUGAUUGAAUUGAUUUUGUUUACUAUAUUAAACAAUGAAAAGAACAGACAAUCAAUGGAUAAACAUUGACCACCGAUGACGGACACGGAUUUUGGAACAACAAUAUUAAUGUUGUCAU